UUAUUAGACGUGUUUUGCAGUGCAGUGUACUGAAUAUUUGCGAGUGAGUACACCUUUACAUACUUGACAUAGUCGGAACUGAUUUAUUUUAAUUCAUUUAUUAUUCGGUGACUUUUGAAACAAAGCAGGUAUAAUGCCAGACGAAACGGUGUUGUUUUAAGCAAGUUAGGCACACAUAGAGUCAAAACAUAUUAAACGGGAGUGCUUGAGGGGCCUGCGAAGAGUACGGUCGUGUCUCGGUAGAAAAGUUUGCUAGGGGCCGGCUCCAUUAUUUCAACUAAGCUAGCCCAGUCGGCGACGAUUAUCAGACCCCGGGCCAAGAGAGUUCACUGUCUACCCAACGCAGGUCAUUGCCGUGCUUCCCGUGGUGACUGAGACAAGAAAAUGUCUUACCCACUGAGUAUGGGUUUCAUCAGGACGUUGUGCCUGGUCUUCGCUUUGACCGCGACAUGCGCACGAGCUGCCGAGGUACCAUCCCUUGAGCCUGUCGUCACGCAGGUCGGAGCUUCCCCAAGUCACAUCAAGAGCGCAAGCCACAACAUCAGCAUCGUCGGCAACGAGUUCAUGCUGGACGGCCAGCCGCUGCACAUCGUGUCCGGCUCGCUGCACUACUUCCGACUGCCCUCGGCCUACUGGCGCGACCGCCUGCGCAAGCUCAAGGCGGCCGGGCUCAAUGCUGUCUCCACGUACGUAGAAUGGAGCUACCACGAGCCCGAGGAGCGGCAGUACAAUUUCAAGGGCGACCGCGACGUGGCCGCGUUCGUGCGCGCCGCCGCUGCGGAGGGCCUGCACGUGCUGCUCCGACCGGGGCCCUACAUCUGCGCUGAGAGGGACUUGGGAGGUUUCCCGUACUGGCUCCUAGGAAAAUAUCCUAACAUUAAACUUCGCACCACUGAUAGCGACUUCAUCAGAGAAAGUGAAAUAUGGUUAGAAAAAUUAUUUCAAGAAUUGACUCCACUUUUGUUUGGAAAUGGCGGUCCCAUUAUAUUGGUUCAGGUGGAGAAUGAAUACGGCAGUUACGGUGAUGAUAAGCCAUACAAAGAAAAAAGCCGUGACAUACUCCUGAAACACAUUGGCCGUAAUGCGCUCCUGUACACCACCGACGGCACAUACCCCGCCAUGUUCCUCGGCGGCGCCGUCGACGGUGCACUCACUACCAUCGACUUUGGAACUGCCACAAACGUAACCCACGCGUUCCGUACCUUGAGGCGGUACAUGCCCGAGGGUCCCCUGAUGAACUCCGAGUACUACCCUGGCUGGCUGACGCACUGGGGCGAGCACAUCCAGCAGGUGGACACCCAGGAUGUGGUCAGGAACCUCAGGGAAAUGCUCAGUCAACAUGUCAAUGUUAACUUUUAUGUGUUCUUUGGUGGAAGCAACUUCGAAUAUUCUGCAGGGGCGAACUACGGUAACUCAUAUACUCCAGAUAUUACUUCGUAUGAUUAUGAUGCACCGUUGACUGAGGCUGGAGAUCCCACUCCCAAGUAUUAUGCUAUACGCGACGUUCUUAAACAGUAUAACUUCGAAGCAAAAGACAUCCCAGAGCCCACUCCGUCUAGUAAAGGGGCAUACGGGACAGUGACAGUGACUCCCCGAAUCGAACUGCUCUCGAGCCUGGGGCGUACGAUGUUGGGCAAGAAAUACCCAGACGUAACAGGCGCGACGCUGCCACACUUCGAAAAACUAAGACAAAGAAGCGGACUCGUACUAUAUGAAACUAAAUUGAAGGAGGGAAAGGGUGUACUCGAAAUACAAAAACCUCGUGAUUGGAUUUAUGUUUAUGUAGAUGGGGAACUCAAAGGUGCCAUAAAUAGAAUGUACAGAAGAAAAGAAUUAAGUAUACAGAGUAAGGCUGAAUCAGUACUGUCUUUAUUAGUGGAAAACCAGGGACGAAUCAAUUAUGGAUCACAUUUGCGUGAUCGUAAGGGAAUACUGAGUACCGUUACUUACAACGGUGAGACACUAAAUGGGCAAUGGAGCGUUAGUGGUUAUCCCUUAGAAUUACUUUAUCGAUAUGACGCAGAUUUUGAGAACCAGCCGAAUUUGAGCAAAGGCCCGGUAUUGUUCGAAGGGGAGUUCACCCUUCCCGAGGGGGACCAGCCUUUAGAUACUUUCUUAGAUACCACCGGAUGGGGAAGGGGCUAUGUUUGGGUGAACGGCAACAACUUGGGUCGGUACUGGCCUGGCCUGGGGCCGCAGGUGACGCUCUACGUGCCAGGCGUCUGGCUGAAGGCCGCACCUUUAACCAACUGCCUGCAAAUACUGGAACUUGAAAGCGACCUAAGUUGCGAAGUGGGGCCGGCAUGCAGCCUGGUGCUGUCAGAUGGCUCCGUGUUCCAGGGCCGCAGCUUUGGAGCUCAAGUUCCUGUUGAAGGAGAAGUUGUAUUCCAGACUGGUAUGGUGGGUUAUCCAGAGUCGCUGACAGACCCCUCCUACCAUGCUCAGCUGUUAGUACUCACGUACCCUCUGGUCGGCAACUACGGUGUUCCCGACGAAGAGGACCACGAUGAACAUGGACUUCCCAGGUGGUUCGAAUCGAGCCGCAUUUGGGCAGCAGGAUUGAUAGUAGGCGAAGUUAGCACAAAAGCUUGCCACUGGCGCGCGCGCCGUUCGCUAGGAUCCUGGCUAGCCUCUCGAGGAGUGCCCGGUCUCUGCGAUGUCGACACUCGAGCCCUCACUCAUCGUCUGCGAUCGGGGGUCAUGUUGGGGAGAAUCGUUCAAGGCGUGCCCCCGUUAGGCCCUCUUCCGCCGCUAUCCGAUCCAAACACAAGAAAUUUAGUCGCUGAAGUAUCCAUAAAGGAAGUUAAAACUUUUAACCCAAACGGGGAUGUCACAAUAAUGGCUGUAGAUUGUGGUUUAAAAUACAAUCAAAUCCGCUGUUUAAUAAAAAGAAACGUCAAAGUAGUCUUGGUACCAUGGGAUCAUAAAAUUAACCCAAACGAUUAUGACGGCUUAUUUAUUAGCAACGGUCCAGGUGACCCUGAAGUAUGCAAGAAAGUUGUGGACAAUGUUCAAGAAGCAGUUAACAAUAAAUCAAAUGUGAAACCAAUAUUUGGUAUUUGUCUUGGUCACCAAAUAUUGUCAACAGCAGUGGGAUGCAAAACUUACAAAACGAGCUAUGGUAAUCGUGGUCACAAUUUGCCAUGCACUCACAACGGUACUGGAAGGUGUUUUAUGACAUCCCAAAACCAUGGGUUUGCUGUAGAUGCCGACACGAUACCCGAAAAUUGGAAAAUCUUAUUCACAAACGAGAACGAUAAAACGAAUGAGGGCAUAAUUCACAAAACAGAUCCGUUCUUCAGUGUACAAUUCCACCCUGAGCAUACUGCAGGUCCAACUGACCUUGAAUGGCUUUUCGAUAUUUUCAUAGACGCUGUAAAAUCUUACAAACGUAAAGAAUCCUUCGUAAUAGACAAAGAAAUAACUAAAAGACUGAGUUACAUUCCUACAAUUCAUGAAAGACCAAAAAAAGUGUUGAUUCUUGGUUCAGGAGGCCUUUCCAUCGGUCAAGCGGGUGAAUUUGAUUAUUCGGGUUCUCAAGGAGUGAAAGCAAUGCAAGAAGAGAAAAUUCAAACAGUUCUGAUAAAUCCAAAUAUUGCAACUGUUCAAACAUCAAAAGGCUUAGCUGACAAAGUCUAUUUCCUACCCAUUACUCCAGAGUAUGUGGAACAAGUGAUAAAAGCUGAAAGGCCUACGGGUGUUUUAUUGACUUUUGGUGGGCAGACAGCUUUGAACUGUGGCGUAGAAUUACAAAAGUCACGUGUUUUUGAAAAAUAUAAUGUGACUGUACUUGGAACUCCAAUUCAGUCGAUAGUGGAUACCGAAGAUAGAAAAAUAUUUGCUGAAAAAAUUCACUCCAUCGGUGAAAAAGUGGCACCUAGUGCUGCAGUUACAUCAGUAGAUGAAGCGUUAGCAGCUGCACUUCAAAUUGGUUAUCCAGUUAUGGCACGUUCAGCUUUUUCGUUGGGAGGUCUAGGCUCUGGUUUUGCCAACAAUGAAGAGGAGUUGAGAGCUUUAGCUCACCAAGCUCUGUCUCAUUCAGAUCAACUGAUAAUAGAUAAGUCGCUCAAAGGUUGGAAAGAAGUAGAAUACGAAGUCGUUCGUGAUGCUUUUGAUAAUUGCAUCACAGUUUGUAACAUGGAAAAUGUUGAUCCUCUCGGAAUACAUACCGGUGAAUCUAUUGUAGUGGCCCCCAGUCAAACAUUGUCAAAUAGAGAAUACUACAUGCUGCGUAACACAGCCAUUAAAGUUAUAAGACACUUUGGCAUUGUUGGUGAGUGCAACAUCCAAUACGCUCUCAAUCCCAAUUCUGAAGAAUUUUACAUCAUUGAAGUAAAUGCUAGAUUAUCUCGAAGCUCAGCGUUAGCUAGUAAGGCAACUGGUUAUCCUUUGGCGUAUGUGGCUGCCAAAUUGGCCCUUGGUAUCCCAUUGCCUGUAAUCAAAAAUUCUGUCACUGGAGUAACAACGGCCUGCUUUGAGCCCAGCUUAGAUUAUUGCGUGGUAAAAAUACCAAGAUGGGACUUAGCUAAAUUCAACAAAGUAAGCACAAAAAUUGGAAGUUCAAUGAAAAGUGUUGGAGAAGUAAUGGCCAUUGGACGGAACUUUGAAGAAGCUUUCCAAAAAGCUCUAAGAAUGGUCGAUGAAAAUGUAAAUGGAUUUGAUCCGAAUAUUAAAACAGUAAAUGAAAACGAGUUGAGAGAACCUACAGAUAAAAGAAUGUUCGUGUUAGCAGCUGCUUUAAAGGAAGGUUAUGACGUCGAAAAGUUAUACGAACUUACAAAAAUUGACAAAUGGUUUCUGCAUAAAUUCAAAAACAUAAUCGAUUAUUAUGAAACUCUUAUAGCUGUUGGCAGUACUUCGAUAAACUCGGAAACUUUAAAGAAUGCCAAGAAAAUCGGGUUUUCGGAUAAACAAAUAGCAGCUGCUAUAAAGAGUACGGAAGUAGCUGUGAGAAAACUCAGGGAAGAUAAUCAUAUCACGCCGUUCGUAAAGCAAAUUGAUACUGUGGCAGCAGAAUGGCCAGCUUCAACCAAUUAUCUUUAUUUAACUUAUAAUGGCAGCACACACGACCUAGAAUUUCCGGGCGACUUUACUAUGGUCUUAGGUUCUGGCGUAUACAGGAUUGGAAGUUCAGUUGAAUUUGACUGGUGUGCCGUUGGUUGUUUGAGAGAACUGAGAAAUCAAGGCAAGAAGACCAUAAUGGUCAAUUAUAACCCUGAGACUGUCAGUACCGAUUAUGAUAUGAGUGAUAGGUUAUAUUUUGAGGAAAUUUCAUUCGAAGUAGUAAUGGACAUUUAUAAUAUUGAAAAACCUAAUGGCGUAAUAUUAUCAAUGGGAGGACAGUUACCGAACAACAUUGCUAUAGAUUUACACAGACAGCAAGCUGUUAUCCUAGGAACAUCGCCUGAUAUGAUUGAUAAUGCAGAAAAUCGCUUCAAAUUUUCGAGAAUGUUAGAUCGGAAGGGAAUUUUGCAGCCCAGAUGGAAAGAACUUACCAAUCUCGAAUCUGCCAUCAGUUUCUGUGAAGAAGUAGGCUAUCCAUGUUUGGUUCGACCAUCCUACGUCUUAAGCGGUGCGGCCAUGAAUGUUGCAUACUCCAACCAAGACUUAGAAGCGUAUCUCAAAUCAGCAAGUGAAGUUAAUAAAGAGCAUCCAGUAGUUAUAUCCAAGUACAUAAUGGAUGCUAAGGAAAUCGAUGUGGAUGCCGUAGCAGCAGAUGGUGUCAUUUACUGUAUGGCAGUUUCUGAACACGUGGAAAAUGCAGGAGUGCAUUCUGGAGACGCAACAUUAGUUACUCCACCUCAAGAUAUAAAUAAUGAAACUCUGGAAAAAAUCAAAGAGAUUGCUCGUAUAAUAGCUGAUAUAUUAGAUGUCACUGGACCUUUUAAUAUGCAGCUUAUAGCUAAGGAUAAUGACUUGAAAGUCAUUGAAUGUAACGUCAGAGUAUCUAGAUCUUUUCCAUUUGUAUCAAAAACUCUCGACCAUGAUUUUGUUGCUAUGGCCACAAAAAUAAUACUGGGCAUACCUGUAGAACCAGUAAAUGUAAUGACUGGUUGUGGCAAAGUUGGGGUUAAAGUUCCCCAAUUUUCCUUCUCGAGAUUAGCAGGCGCUGAUGUAACACUAGGUGUGGAAAUGGCAUCAACAGGAGAAGUGGCAUGUUUCGGAGAAAACCGUUACGAAGCUUACUUAAAAUCUUUGAUGAGUACUGGUUUUAGAAUUCCAAAAAAAGCUAUUUUACUGUCUGUGGGCACGUUUAAGCAUAAAAUGGAAUUACUACCGAGUGUCCGAGUACUUCAAAGAAUGGGAUAUAAGCUGUAUGCAAGUAUGGGAACCGGUGAUUUUUACACCGAACAUGGUAUUGAGGUUGAAAGUGUACAAUGGACCUUCGACCAUAUUGGUGAUGUAGAUGAUGCUAGAGCAGACGGAGAACUGAUGCAUCUAGCUGAUUUCAUGGCUCGUCGUCAACUGGAUCUGGUUAUCAAUUUGCCUAUGCGUGGAGGUGCUCGGCGUGUGUCUUCAUUCAGUACCCAUGGGUAUCGCACCCGGCGUCUUGCCGUUGAUUAUGCUGUGCCUCUAGUAACUGAUGUAAAGUGCGCAAAGCUCCUAGUGCAGGCAAUGGCGCAAUGUGGAGGUGCUCCACCAAUGAAAACACAUACUGACUGUAUGACAUCUAGAAACAUAAUAAAACUUCCUGGUUUUAUUGAUGUCCACGUUCAUGCUCGCGAACCCGGCGCUACCUAUAAAGAAGAUUUUAACUCCUGCACUGCUGCUGCUCUUGCUGGUGGCAUCACAAUGAUAUGUGCAAUGCCGAACACGAACCCACCUGUGAUUGACCGGGCUGCUUACGAAUACGCCUCAGCACUCGCGAGAGUUAGUGCUCGAUGUGAUUAUGCUCUGUUUGUUGGAGCAUCAUCUACAAACUGUGAUACAGCUGCAGAAAUUGCACCACAAGCAGCAGCAUUAAAAAUGUAUUUGAACGAAACAUUCACUACUUUAAAAUUAGAUGAUAUGACAGUUUGGCAAAAACAUUUACAAAACUGGCCGAAGAAAAUGGUUGUGUGUGCACAUGCUGAACGUGAAAAAACUGGAGCCAUUAUUCUGAUGGCCUCAUUACUUGAUCGUCCAAUACAUAUUUGCCAUGUAGCCCGAAAGGAAGAAAUUCAAAUAAUUAAAGCAGCCAAGGAAAGAGGUUUGAAAGUAACAUGUGAAGUAUGUCCCCAUCAUUUGUUCUUAAGUACAGAUGACAUAGAACGAAUUGGAAAAGGUCGAGCUGAAGUACGACCCGUUUUAUGCAGCCCUGAUGAUCAAGCGGAACUCUGGAAAAACAUCGAAAUCAUCGAUAUUUUCGCAACCGACCACGCACCACAUGCUGUCGAAGAAAAGGAUGCCGUGAAAGCUCUUCCAGGUUUCCCUGGAGUGGAAACCAUUUUACCGCUACUGCUGAAUGCAGUACAUGAGGGUCGCUUGACCAUAGAAGAUAUUAUAAAUAAAUUCCACCGUAACCCCCGAAAAAUAUUCAAUUUGCCCGAACAACCAAACACAUACGUUGAAGUAGAUAUGGACUAUGAAUGGACAAUACCAAGUGCUAUGGAAUUUUCUAAAUCAAAAUGGACACCAUUCGCAGGAAUGCAUGUAUGUGGGGCUGUUCAUCGUGUAACUUUGCGAGGCGAAAUAGCUUACGUUGAAGGUCAAGUUUUAGUACCACCCGGUUUUGGCCAAAAUGUUCGUGAGUGGCCUACGCCUAAAAAACAAUCGUUCCCAGUAUACGCAAUAGAAAAAGUUGAGAAAGAAAUAAGUCGACCAAAUUCGGCGUUAGAGAUAUAUGGUGAAUUGACUCGUCUAAGUGAUCUUGAAAUUGAGCCUGAAAAUCCAAGCAAAUUAAAUGUACAUUUUAACGAUGUCAACGGAAGAAGUAUGUCACCAUUGCCUGCACAAAUUAUAAGGCAAAGAUGUGACAGUACUUCAAAUUACAAUCCCCCAACAGCAUCCGUUUCCCAUCGCCAAAAAAGCGAUAUCUUUGGCAAAAGUAUAAUAACAGUAGAUUCUUUCAGCAAAGAUACUCUGAACGACUUAUUUAAUCUGGCACAAUUUAUGAAGAUAAGUGUAGGCAAAGGACGAUUCUUAGAUGAUAUUCUAAGAGGAAAAGUAAUGGCUUCGAUAUUCUACGAAGUCAGUACACGCACAAGCUGUAGUUUUGCAGCUGCUAUGCAGAGAUUGGGUGGAUCUGUUAUACAUACCGAUGCUACGAGUUCAUCGGCUAAGAAAGGUGAAACCUUAGAGGAUAGUGUAGCUGUGAUGGCAAGUUAUUCAGAUGUAGUGGUUUUGCGUCAUCCUGAACCUGGCGCCGUUGCACGGGCGUCGAGACAUUGCAGAAAACCAAUUAUCAAUGCCGGAGAUGGUGUAGGGGAACACCCUACUCAAGCUUUAUUAGAUGUAUUUACAAUCAGAGAGGAAAUUGGUACUGUGAAUGGACUUACGAUUACCAUGGUAGGCGAUCUGAAAAAUGGACGAACCGUACACUCACUUGCUCGUAUUCUCACCUUAUACCAAGUUCAGCUACAGUAUGUUAGUCCUCCAGGACUUGGAAUGCCUAAACAUAUCAUGGACUACGUCGCUAAAAAAGGCAUACCGCAAAGGGUAUACGAAAAACUGGAGGAUGUUCUUGCUGACACACAUGUGCUUUAUAUGACUAGGGUCCAAAGGGAACGAUUUGACAGUCAAGAGGAAUAUGAAAAGACCCGAGGUCUGUUAGUGGUGACCCCGCAGCUGAUGACGCGCGCGCGCCGGCGCAUGGUCGUGAUGCACCCUCUGCCGCGCGUGGACGAGAUCUCUCCCGAGUUCGACUCGGACCCUCGCGCCGCCUACUUCAGGCAAGCGGAGUACGGCAUGUAUGUGCGCAUGGCUCUCCUCUCCAUGGUCGCAGGAGUUAACCCUCUCGUGUGAUUAUGCGUUAUUUGUAUAAAAUAUUUAAGUUACGUAUUGGAUAAAUGUAUAUUGUAUUUAAUUUUGUAUCAAAAGUUUAUAUUCCUUGUUACAACUUGAAUGGAGACAAAUAAGACAGUACACUACUUAUGUAUCGUCAUUACCGUUAAAAUGACUUUAAUAUAGUUUUUUUUUCUAAUUUUAAAUGAUAUAUUAUUUUCACCUUUUGGUUAAAAACUACAUAAGUAACUUACACCAAACUACCUAGAAUGCAAUCUAUUAAAAUAUGCUAUAGAAGGAUAAUAUUAAUAUAGUUUUCUUCGUCCAACAGUA